GGGCGGCGGGCCGGUCCCGGCUCGGGCGCUGCACAACGUCACGGCCGAACUCUUCGGGGCCGAGGCCUGGGGCACCCUGGCGGCCUUCGGUGACCUCAACUCCGACAAGCAGACGGACCUCUUCGUGCUGCGGGAAAGAAAUGAUUUAAUCGUCUUUUUGGCGGACCAGAACGCACCCUAUUUUAAACCCAAAGUAAAGGUGUCCUUGAAGAAUCACAGUGCAUUGAUCACAAGUGUAGUCCCUGGGGAUUAUGAUGGGGAUUCACAAAUGGAUGUUCUUCUGACCUACCUUCCCCAAAAUCAUGCCAGCGGCGAGUUAGGAGCUGUUAUCUUCUGGGGACAAAAUCAAACAUUAGAUCCUAACAAUAUGACUAUGCUCAAUAGGACUUUUCAGGAUGAACCACUAAUUAUGGACUUCAAUGGCGAUUUAAUUCCUGAUGUAUUCGGUAUCACAAAUGAAUCCAGCCAGCCACAGAUACUAUUAGGAGGGAAUUUAUCAUGGCAUCCUGCACUGCCCACUAAAAGUAAAAUGCGAAUUCCACAUUCUCACGCGUUUAUUGAUCUGACUGAAGAUUUUACAGCAGAUUUAUUCCUCACGACAUUGUCUGCCUCUGGUGCCUCCCAGUUUGAGAUAUGGGAAAAUUUGGAUGGAAAUUUCUCUGUCAGUACAAUAUUUGAAAAACCUCAGAAUAUGAUGGUGGUUGGACAGUCAGCAUUUGCAGACUUCGAUGGGGAUGGACACAUGGAUCACUUACUCCCAGGCUGUGAAGAUAAAAACUGCCAGAGAAGCACCAUCUACUUAGCGGGAUCCGGAACAAAGCAGUGGGUUCCAGUCCUGCAGGAUUUCAGCAAUAAGGGCACACUCUGGGGCUUUGUGCCAUUCGUGCAUGAACAGCGACCAACCGAAAUACCGAUUCCAAUCACCCUUCGUAUCGGAGACUACAACAUGGACGGCUACCCAGAUGCCCUGGCCAUACUGAAGAAUACUUCCGGAAGCAAUCAGCAGGCCUUCUUGCUGGAGAACGUCCCUUGCAAUAACGCGAGCUGCGAGGGGGCGCACCGGAUGUUUAAAGUCUACUGGGAGCUGACUGACCUAAAUCAGAUCAGAGACGCCGUGGUCGCAACCUUCUUUGACAUUUACGAAGACGGCAUCUUGGACAUCGUGGUACUCGGGAAAGGCUAUGCGAAGAACGAUUUUGCCAUCCACGCAUUAAAAAACAACUUCGAAGCAGACGCUUAUUUCGUUAAAGUCAUUGUUCUUAGUGGUCUCUGUUCUAAUGACUGCCCUCGCAAGAUAACACCCUUUGGAGUGAAUCAGCCUGGACCUUACAUCAUGUACACAACUGUCGAUGCAAAUGGCUAUCUGAAGAAUGGUUCAGCUGGACAGCUCAGCCAGUCGGCACAUUUAGCCCUCCAGCUGCCCUACAACGUACUUGGCUUGGGUCGAAGUGCCAACUUUCUUGACCAUCUUUACGUUGGCAUUCCCCGCCCAUCUGGAGAGAAGUCUACACGGAAGCAGGAGUGGACCGCAAUCAUUCCCAAUUCUCAGCUCAUUGUCAUUCCCUACCCUCACGACGUUCCGCGGAGCUGGAGUGCCAAGCUGUACCUCACCCCAAGCAACAUCGUCCUGCUCACGGCCGUGGCUCUCGUCGGCGUCUGUGUUUUCAUCCUGGCAAUAAUCGGCGUUUUACACUGGCAGGAAAAGAAAGCAGACGACAGAGAGAAACGACAAGAAGCCCAUCGGUUUCAUUUCGACGCUAUGUGACUUGUCUCUGUUACACAUGGAGCCGCUAGUCACUUGAGCAACUGAAAUACUGAAUUUGGCUUAUAGAAGAAAAUAGGAGAUUUUGAAUAUUAUUUAUAAAUGAUGCAUCUCUUGGUAAUUAUUGGAAAGUAUUCAAAUAAAUAUGGUCUGAAUGUGUCACAGGUCUUUUUUUUAAGUGCUUUGUGUACAGUCAUCUGGGUUCUUUAUUCACUGGCGCUGCACGCUUCUGUCCCUCUGUCGAAUGUGCUGCACGUCCGCGGUGUCUGUGUAUUUAUGAUAGAGUAACCGUGACGGGAAAAGGCACGUGUAAAUAAAAAUAUUUAAAUGAGCAGGGUUUUUUAUGUUCUACCUGAACUGGCCUUGCUUCUCAUUCUGACCCUGCAAAUUACACGACUGUGCGUGUACCCCAGACAGAGUCGUGAACCCCUCACCUUCGCCACAGCGGGCCAAGGUCUCAGCAACAGCCCGCGACAGAGACUGGGUGCUGGGCCUUCGGAAUCGCAGUCGGCCGGGCUCGCCUGACGCUCCUGGCUCCACCGCUCGCGAGCUGGUGGGCCCGGCUCAUGGCUUCUCCGUCAGCCUCGGCCUCCUCGUGUCUAAGUUGUGAUAACACUGCUGUUUGGCUGAUUUACUGUAAACGUGAAUCGGGACUGUGAGGUGCUCAGCUGAGCAGCCGGCACAGACUGUGCUCAGCGAGCGGGCGUGCCCAUGACCACUGUGCUUAGAUCAUCGUCAGGAAAGACGCGACAGUUUCUUUUCAGGCAUGAGGGAGCCACUUUCUUUGGAAAGCCUAAAUUCUUGCUGGUUGACAUUUUAUGUAAAGAUUUAGUACUCGCUCAUAUGAACUAAAAAUGCUUACAUUCUACCAAGAAUUAAUGUGCCCUAGAAAUUCAUUUGAACACUGACCCUUAUCAUGUGGUGCCGGAGAGCAUCUGGUUCCUUGAAGGGGGACGCUGCAGGUGGCACCUGGGACGCGGACGCACGCUCACCGCUGUUCUCGAAAGCUGCUGGGCGUCUCUAAGUUACGUGCAGACUUCAGUGCAAAUUUCUGUGGGCUUCAUCUCACCAGAAAGUCGCUUUAAGACUUCGACCUAAGAUCGGGAAAACAGUUCAUAUGUCAGCACUAAUAACAUUCUGAUAUGCAGAUGAAUGUGUAAUGGCUAUAAAAUAUAAAACCUUAUCUGAAAAGUUCUGUCGUUCAUGUCAUUUUUCCUGUGCGGUUCGCUGAGAAUGGCAUGUGUAUCCAGUGAUUAGCUCUGCGUGUCCAGCAUGUCAGUAUGUCGUCGCAAUAAAUACUCUGUAUUGGAA